UUUUUUUUUUUACUUAGUCCCCAACAGGGAUGAUUUAAAAAAAUUUUUGUUAAAGAAAAUUUGCAUACGACUAAAUACAUAGGCAGAUUGUCAUGGCGUCUCAGUUACCAGCUUUACUACGGUUCCUAUCACAAGAUGCCAAGAUGCCUCUCGCAGCUGCUAUGGGUAAGGUUAUGGAGCUUCAGAAAGCCGGCCUUACAUCUCCUGAGCAAAUCUCCAAGUCAGAGUUCAAGGCUCUCCAAGAGAUCUUCCACGACGAUAAGUUGGCAAAGCAAGUGUGGAACGCAGCAAAGAAAGUUUCCAAAAAGCGCGAAGCUUCAACUGGGAGCACAGAAUCUCCUCGAAAAAAGUCGAGAGGCUUGGGCCGGAGAGAUGAUGCCACUCCUUUUGACACAGAAUGUGCACUCUCUCUUCCAACCACCUCUGCGACCGAAGACGAAUUGUCAAAGGUUGUCCUACUUACGAACAGAGCACCUCUCGUUCUAGCUUUUGCAGUCUGUGUUCUGAAGCAUACUAUGCCAGAGCAGCCGAUCUCUAGCAGGCUUAGCCUCGCUCAGGCAGUUGUUAGCGCUAAUAGUCGCUCAAAAGCUGUCAGUCUGGGUAUCGAAACUGAGAACUCUGCUGACCAGGAAGGUUGGGGAGAAGGACAGCCCGUAGUCAGAGUCCUUGGAAGAGAAGUCAAGGUUCUUAAAAGGUGGGACUACAAUCCUAGGGAAGGUAAGCCCGUGGGUGCGGCUAGUUCAGAACACGAUAAAGAUAUCCACCACGCAGCCAAUGAUACGUUAGGCCAGGAUGUUUCAGAUUCAGAUAACUUAAACGGCAUGCCACCGUUAUGGGGGAUCGAUAUCGAGGCAUUGCGAAGCGCACAUCGUGGUAACUCGAUUGGUGCCUCCAACGCAAAUGAACCUCUUCCAAUUUUCACACCAGGUGCUGCGCGAUCAUAUUUAUUUAAGUCAUUCACAGAAGCAUUAAAGGACAAUAAUCCAGCAUCAGGUAGGCCGAACCGGAAGCGUCUCUCUCAAACAGAAACCGAGAAAGAGACAUGUUUGGGAAAUCUACUGCAGGCUAUUGACUUGGUAUGCCAGUCUUGGGCUCCGAUUCUCAACAGAGAGGAGUUGGAUCAACGAGCAUGGGCCUGGUAUACACACGUCAGGCCCGCUGUCCAAAGCGGAGUAGCAGGCUGGGGAGAGAAAGGCCGUGUAAAGUUAUAUGACAUUCUCGCUUUGAGGAGACAGGCAUGAUUGCGAUUCCGACUGUUCGAGACUUUACCGUCAAACAAUUACAAGAUUGCCGCGCCAAUCAACAACAGAAUCCAGUUCAUGAACUAAGAACACUGACGGACUUCAUGCUUCUGCUCCACUUAGCAUCGGAUGUCCCAGGAUCCUUCCACACGACUGGUGUUAUCCAACGUCUACUGUGUUCUAGAAGCUCGGUAUUUGGAUAAGGUAGCCAUUGUGUGGGUCAAUCGAUGUCGCUAUGAGUGGAAUCUUGUCACAGACACCAGCUCUGCUAGACCGAAGACUACCAUUGCCGAUGAGAAUUCACCGUCAGAUUGAUAGCGCAAAACGCUUUCCUUCUACGUGUGGCGCGUGGGCAUAUACUACUAGCAUUCGAAUUCUGACCACACGAUGGUACAAUAUAGUGGAGGUGAAUGCAUGUAGCAAUUCCUCUGUCUCGGACAAUACAUGUAAUAUUUCUCUUAGGACUCCAUCGGGUGUCUGUUGGGGACGGAGUUGAAUCGUUAGUGGAAUGAUCAUUAAGCAAGACCCAUACAUUAGUGGAAUUGACAGGAUGAAUUAGUUCUCUGACAGGAUAUGCUUAACAUAUGGAGGCCUAU